AUGGUGGUGCUUCUCGUGAGCUACGGCUCCAUGUGCGCGCUGUCGGGGGCACUGAUCAUCUACAUGCGGCACAACCGCCACGUAGCGCUGAAAGGAGACUCGGAAGCUUCACGCAAGACGCUGCUACCGGCGUUCGAGCCUCUGCUGUGGAUCUUGUGCGCGGCGACGGGGUUGUACUCGCUGUACUUUAUGAUCGCGCUGAUCGCCAAGAGUUACGCUGCAAACUCCGGGUCUGUCGCCACGGAGGCAUUGAGCGCUGGGCGUCACUUUGUGCUGGAGCUGGCGCUGAUCUUCAUGCUUCAAAAGAGCGUGUCGCUGCCGGCGUUGGUGCGUUCCAUUGCCAUCACGGGGUUCCUGGCCUGCUACGCGCUUCCGUUUGUGUGGUACACGACGGUCAACGGCGACGACGAAGACUCGAGUGGGAACUACUGGAUCGUGGCCAUCGCCCGCCUGCUGCUCUUCGUGCUGUACAUCUACGUCUUCGUGCGACCACCGGCCCGAGCCAGCAAGCGGACGCUGCGUGAAUUUUGCGCCUUCGCCAUGGUGUACCAGACCCUCGAGUUCGCCUACCACACGGCGUUCAACCAGAAGAACGUCCACCUGGGGUUCGCGCUCAUCUACGCACACGUGUUGUGGGGCUCGCUGUGUCCGUUCUUCGUGUGGAGACUGCUGAAAGCUGACACGGAGCAUUGGCGCGGACUCGGACAGCGUGCAGUUGGUCUCCAAGCACUCUUCCGUAAGGGAAAUAUUCACGAACGCGUGUCGUCGCAGGGUCUUCACGUGCUGAUCGAGAUGCACCGCAAGUACAUCAUCGACUUCUCGGUGCUUGCCAUCAAGCAGCGCAUCGGAGUGGGCUCGACUGCCGUGGUGUACAACGGACUGCUGCACUCCAAGACCCCGGUCGCGAUUAAAGUGUACACACCGUCAAGCGUGACGGAAGACACGGUCGCCGAGUUUUCGCACGAAGCUGCGCUCUGUGGCGCGUUGAAUCACCCGAACAUCGUCAAGUUCUUCGGCAUGUGCGUGUCACCACCGACAAUCUGCUUGGUGUCCGAGCUGUGCGUGGGGAGUCUGGAUGUGGUUGUAUUGGCGUUGGCUCGACGACAGCAGCAGGCUCGGCGUCAGCAAUUCCUGUUCAACUUGGGCUACAUGAUCGAUGCUGCGCGCGCUGUGGCUUACCUGCACAGCUUCUCUCCGGCCUUCGUCCACCGCGACAUUAAGCCGAGCAAUUUUCUGGUGGAUGUCGAAGGGAAUGUCAAGCUCACGGACUUCGGCGAGUCCCGCAGUCUGCCGAAAGCCAACAUCACGUGGGAGGUGAGCAGUCUCAAUGACGCUAAGAAUGCUGGAAUGGUGCCUUCUUCUGUACCUGCCGUCGGUGCCACUGCCGCGACUUCGAGCAGCUCGACUAUUGAUGCUGAACACUAUCAGGAGUAUCCCGACUCCACAACCAGCAGCGCACAAGGCGCGAGAAUCACCCCUCCUACACCCCCUCACACUCCAAGUGGUGGAUCAAGGACUGCACCUGUGCAAUUCCCAUCAGCUGCACGAAAGACAGUGCCUGAAAUGACGGUGAAAGGCACGGUCGACUACAUGGCGCCGGAGAUCAUCAAUGGACGUGCCGGAGUCGCCUCCUACGGAGAAUCUGCCGACGUGUACUCGCUGGCCAUCACGAUGUGGGACAUCCUUAACCCUGGAGCCGAGAAGUACCCGGGUACGAACAACAACCACCUGCGCGUCCUCGAGUCCGUCAUUGCCGGCACAAGACCGGAGCUGGACACCCAGCUGCAUGCUGGUCUGGCUGAGCUCAUCACAACCUCGUGGCACGUAGACGCUCGCAUGCGUCCUUCGGCUCAGAAGAUUGUCUUGGCUCUCGAGCGCAUCCAGGAGGAAGUUUGCUCGGUGUUUGCUUUUGAGCUGUGCGAGGAGAUUGAGAACGACGCGACUAUGAUGAAGAGUGGCGGGGCUGGCAACUUGUCCAAGAGUUUCUCCGGUGAGUUCGCGACACGGAAGAUGCAGGACAUUGAGGCUGUGGCAUCCGUCGGGGAAGGUAUUCGACUGGGCAACAUGUUCAUGAAUGCCGGCUUCCUGCACCACCUCAAACACUCGCAGCCGUUCAAGAGCUGCGAGGACCUGUACUACUUCGACGAAGACAACAUCAACUUCUGCCAGCCGUUCGUGGUGCUCGACGGACCCGCAAGUAGAAGCGGAGUCGGCAGCAACAACGCCGCCGCCACUCGACGUCCAGGAUCUACACUGGGGGCUCCCCUACCUUCGCAGUUGGUGCAAUCCCCGGGCUGGUUCAAGAGCUUGCAGCGACAGCACCAGCCGUCGGACCCGACUCCCCCAUUGGCGACCACUUCAACUUCAACUUCGAUCACCGACUCCAAGCGCUCCGAAUGGGACGCCAACACUGCCACCGACUCGCCCCAGAAUGACAGCGACACGGCCUUCGUGGAGGCCGUCAGCAACGGCACCACCGAGGCCGAGGAGUGCGCGUGCCGGAAGCUCGGGGAGCGCCCCAACACCCGCAAGCCGACCCGCCACCGGUUCCGGCGCAAGUACCGCGCCAUCCCGGAGGACAAUAUUCUGACGGCCAAUCUGCUGCAGGAGGAGGACCUCACUUCAACGCAGGACCGCCAUCUGUUGGACGAGUUCGACGACGCAGGACCCGCCAGUGUCCUCCUGCACAAGAAUUAG